GCAUAUACUCGCUUAUCGCCCCAAUACUGUACUGCUGCAUCCACAGCUCCAUUUUACACCGAACCAUAAUGAGACUUCCAUCUAUCGCAAACCCCUAUCUCAGGACAGCAAGGAGUUUUACAACCUCAGCUCACCUCAGAGUUCCCCUGCUGCUCACCCCAAAACAGUUUAAUGAUCUUCCCAAGCAAACUACUCUGCCCCUCGACGCCACAUGGCAUAUGCCCAAUUCUCCUCGCUCGGCGUUGGCCGAGUAUCUCAACGGCCCACGCAUUCCCAAUGCUCGGCGUUUUGACCUGGAUGAGGUAGCCGAACUGUCAGUCGGCAAGAACCCUUUGAGCUUGACUCAUAUGCUGCCCAGUGCUGAGAGAUUCAAGAAGGAACUUGAGAAGCUUGGAAUUCACAAGGAUACACACGUCGUUGUGUACGACACCAUUGGUAUCUUCUCAUCUCCUAGAGCAUUGUAUACGUUCAAAGCGUUCGGCCAUGACAAAGUCUCGGUACUUGAUGGAGGACUUCCUAGGUGGAUUGAGGAAGGUAAUGAAGUUGAGAUGGGCGAAGCGGGCGAAGUCGGGUCGAGCGAGUACCCCAAAGUCCAAGGUCCUAAUAAAGAUUGGGUUCGAUCCUACGAAGAGAUCGUAUCCAACAGCCAGAAGCCCCUUUCGGACCCCACUGCAGAAAUCGUGCUCGAUCACCGGCCUGCCGCGCGCUUCCUGGGUAUCAACUCGGAGCCUCGACCCAAUCUCCCUUCAGGCCAUAUCCCCAACUCUCGUUCUCUCCCAUUUACCCAUUAUCUCGUUCCUGCCACUGACAAAAAGCCCUUCACGAACUACAAACCGGUUCCCGAGCUGAAACAGGUCCUUGUGGACGGUGUAGGAGGCGAGGCAAUGUGGGAUGAUAUUGAGCGCAGAGACAAACCUCUUGUAUUUAGCUGUGGGAGCGGUAUGACAGCUGCAAUCGGAUGGCUGGCCAACGAGCUUAUCAGAGAAACGGAGGGAAAGGCACCCAAGUCAGCUUUGUAUGAUGAGUCGUGGACUGGCUAUGCCUUGAGAGAGGAUAGCAAGAUUGCUAGGAACGGGCAUUUUAAGCCAUGACCCCAAACGAUGCUUGGAAAAUACAUGGUAAACGUGUAAACAUAGCGAAUGAUUGCCGAGUUGACAGGGAAAGAAUGCGAACUGUAUAAUCACAUGAACGGUGAAAUAAUGAUAGGAAUUAGUUGUUAUUAUUGCCAGUAAGUAGAAGUAUAGAUAACAU